AGUGGUGGAGGGGAAACAGAGAUUGUAUUGUAUCGAAUCUGAACCCGUGAGGGAAAAUUCUCAUCAGAACCCAAACAUAGAAAUCCCAUAAUUCCUAUUUCCAAGGUUUGAAUGAAAGGAAAGAACGGGUGAUCGGGAGGGAAUGGGGGCCUCGCUGUCGAACCUAGGAAGCAACGGUUCGGCCGCUGCUCCGGGCCUCGGCGACAUCCCGGAGAAUUGCGUCGCCCGCGUUUUCCUCCACCUCACUCCGCCGGAGAUAUGCAACCUAGCGCGCCUCAACCGCUCUUUUCGCGGCGCUGCCUCUGCCGAUUCCGUCUGGCAAACGAAGCUGCCUACCAACUACCAAGAUCUGCUCGAUUUGAUGCCUCCCGAGAGGUACCGGAAUCUCUCCAAGAAGGACAUUUUCGCGCUGCUCUCUCGGCCAGUGCCGUUCGACGACGGCAACAAAGAAGUGUGGCUGGACAGGGUCACGGGAAGGGUUUGCAUGUCAAUUUCGGCGAAGGCGAUGUCUAUUACUGGAAUUGAUGACCGUAGAUACUGGACUUGGGUUCCUACUGAAGAAUCUAGGUUCAACACUGUAGCAUAUUUGCAGCAAAUAUGGUGGUUUGAAGUGGACGGGGAGGUCAGCUUCCCAUUUCCUGCUGAUAUUUAUACUCUAUCCUUUAGGCUUCACCUUGGACGAUUUUCAAAGAGGCUUGGGCGACGUGUGCGCAACUAUGAACACACCCAUGGCUGGGACAUAAAACCAGUGAAAUUUGAGUUGUCAACCAUGGAUGGUCAGCGAGCUUCAUUCGAGUGCUGCCUGCAUGAAGCUGAACCUGAUGAUGCACACGGCAACCAAAAGUGCGGACAUUGGGUAGAUUACAAGGUGGGUGAGUUUAUUGUCAGGGGAUCAGAACCUACAACCAAAGUAAGAUUCUCCAUGAAACAGAUUGACUGUACACACUCUAAAGGUGGGCUUUGUGUAGAUUCUGUAUUUAUUAUACCUAGUCAUUUGAGAGAGCGCACCAGAAGCGGAAUUCUGAAAUAACCACACAGUAGGAAUUUAUUUUUAAAAUUUUUGGUAGUUGGUAUGCACGGUACGAAGGGGUCAAAUAUAUAUUCAGUCUGUCUAAAAUUUUUGAAGUUUAAUUUUAGUUCUUCUUAAUUCUUUUGUUAGUUUCUCUGGUUUUAAAAUGCACAUUAUUAGUUCUCCAAAUGAUUUAAAUAACGCUUUAUGGACGAAAAAAAGUUAGCUUAGAUAGCAUUUGGAGGAAAGAAAGGUGUAUUUCAAAAUUAGAGGGAGAAAAAACUGACAAAAAAUUUAGAGAAACUAAAACUGAAUUUUAGAAAUUCUACCGGGAUAAAAACACAUUUUACCCAUUCUAUAGUUUUUAUGUAAUCACCGUUUCUGUGUCUGUCCACUCUAUGCUUUCUGCCUUUGUCAGAUGAGAUGAAUACAGGAACAGGAAAACAAACUUCGCUAACACUUGCUUUGGCUGGUCUGUUCUGUCUGGAACUUAAUUGUGAUGCUGUAGUAGAUUUUCCUCUCCUCAUAUUAUUGUGCCUUCGAUCAGGUAUUGACACAAAUUUUUAUACACUUGGAAAAUUUAGGUGUAUCUUAUUAAGUGCAAUGUUAAGAAGCAGAACUGAUGUUUCACUAUUUAAAUUCCCACUUACCUUUACCACAAUUCACAAGUAAAUAAUAUACCCAUUCUCUUA